AGCAGUCGAGCCCAGGGCCGGCCUGGAGCCCCAGACAGCAGCGUCUAGCAGACAGUGCCCAGCACCCCGGCUCCCACCUCCCAGUGCCCCCAAAGGAGAGCAGCUGCCAUGCACAUCCCAGAAAGCCUCCAGGACCUGGCCAACAGCAAAGCCGUGCAGUUUCUGAAGAGGCCCAAGACCAUCACUCGGGUCUUCGAAGGGGUCUUCUCCCUGAUCAUCUUCUCCUCCCUGCUGACUGACGGCUAUCAGAACAAGGUGGAGUCUCCGCAGCUCCACUGCAUUCUCAACAGCAACAACGUGGCCUGCAGCUUCGCCGUGGGAGCCGGCUUCCUGGCCUUCCUCAGCUGCCUGGCCUUCCUCGUCCUGGACACCCAGGAGACCCAUAUCGCCGGCACCCGCUUUAGGACAGCCUUCCAGCUCCUGGACUUCGUCCUGGCUGUUCUCUGGGUAAUUGUCUGGUUCGUGGGUUUCUGCUUCCUGACCAACCAGUGGCAGCAUUCGUCACCCAAAGAGUUCCUUCUGGGGAGCAGCAGUGCCCAAGCGGCCAUCGCCUUCACCUUCUUCUCCAUUCUUGCCUGGAUAUUCCAGGCCUACUUGGCUUUCCAGGACCUCCGAAACGAUGCUGCAGUCCCAUAUAAACGCUCCUUGGAUGAGGGUGGCAUGGUGCUAACCACCCUCUCCCCGCCCUCCGCCACCAGCCCUGUGAACGCGCCCACCGCUGGCCCCAACAGCCUGAAUUAUGCCAGCUCUGCCCUGUCCCCCGGUCUGACCACUCCAAAGGGCCCCCGCCUCGCUAUGAUGCCUGACAAUUAAAUAUCCUUAUCCACAUCAGUAAAGAGAGAAUCCUCCCUCCAGAAGGGUUUCU